AUGCGUAUUAACGGUGAUGGUCCUUCGGUCGACCCGGUACCUUAUUUCAGUGGGGUGAACGAUACACUAGUACAUGAGGGCUUUUUUUUGGCACCAUUAGUCAAUGUUCCGUACAGGGUUGUCAAGUCUCUGUGUUCUGCUGUCGAGUCGCAGUAUCUCAUGAGGAAUGACUCUGACGCGGCACUCAGAAGCGAGGGUGUUGGUUUUACGCUAGUUGAUGCUACGGGCUACUUUUUUAGUGAUUAUGCUCUGAGCUGCUUUGCAACGGCAAUGGUUCUUAACAGGAUCGUUGCAAUGUCGUCGUUGCGGUCGCGUUCGACACGAGUACGUUUGACCCGCUGGUUCAAAAUUUUUGGUCAUUCUACCGUAAUUGUUCUCCUCGCGUAUUGCCUUUCCCUGACUCUCGCGCUCUCGCAGUAUAGUUCUGCCAACGUUGCAAAAGAGGUCGUUGAAAGCUGUUUUUUGAAGAUUUACACCGCGAUCUGUCUUUCGCAUGCCAUCGAGACCUUUUUCACUACCACGACGAACUCAAAACCGCUGGAAGAGUUCGACUACCCGAUUUUUGAGCUUUCUUUGGGAUUUUAUGAUUUGAGCAGGAAAAAUCCCCGAAAAGAAGAGUUCAUCGCGGACUGCAUUAUGGCGCUCACGGGAAGGCUGAUCAUCCAUUUUGUCGAGCUCACGAACAGGAGAAGGUAUCGUCUCAUACUGUCAACGAUCGUCAACGUGCCUCAUCUCUCGUACCUCAUGUACAACUUCGUGGUCAAUGGGAUGGAUUUUUUCCCUCUCACAUGCCGCUACCGGCAUUUCCCCAAGCUGCUCUUAACGUUUUGCAUUUUGGUGUCUCUGGUGUGUUAUGUGUUUGCAUGUAUUGCAAGAAUUGACGUGACGGCGUUGUCGGAGUCUAGACAAGCAAUAUCAGAGUUGCAGUACCAUUCUUUUUUAACCAACUGGUUCGCGAACUUGAAUUGUACCGGCGAAGAAGAAUUCACAAGCACUCUCAUCAAAUUUGCCAUGAUGCUGUGCAACCCAGAUCAAGCCAAAAAAUACGGCGUGCACAGAGAGUUGUCCGACUUACAGGCCCCCCGAGAUAUUCAUCCUUCGCUACUCUUAGCGGGCUAUUCAAAUAAGUUCGACACCAUACCUGGCGACUUUGAAGAUGAUAAGGGACCCGCUACGGAGCAAUCAGUGCUUUCCAAACGUUUCAAUCUUUACAAAGAAGCGUUCAGGGCUAUGUUCAUGAGAGCGAGAGACAUCCUCAGAAAGCAACCUCAAAAUAAGGUAGAAACCCAUAGGAAGUCCAAGGCGAGGGGAAAUUUCAACGAUUAUAUCACGGAAAGGAAUUAUGCAAGGUUUUUAACAAAAGACCCUGAGACUGCUAAAGAUAGCUCGAAGUAUCUUUUGCCUGAGGACGACUAUUCAGAAGAUUACGCCCUGUCGGAAGCCGAAAGCCUUGAUGGGAGCUACACUAGUGAAAACGAUGAAAGUGACGAUCCCGAUGAGGAAGAAGACGUUGUCGGAGUAGAAUUGAGCCGAAAUUCUGGUGGUGCACUUGCGAUACUGUCAGAUCUCAUGAGGCCCACGGAUCACUCUCAGCUGCAUGCACAACCAGCCGAUGCCGACUGGUUCUACUCAUUGUGGCAUCUUCUUAGGGUACAACUUCUGGAGGACAGGCGCUUGACCCGGUCACAGUAUUCCGACCUGAACGAGCCAGAAAUUUUACGUGAAACAAUGAUCAAACGUGUACUAGACUCCAGCUCAAUCUCCGACGAAGACAAGGACGGAAUACCAGACGCAGCGCUAGUCUGUGUCGUUUGCAAGACAAAUCCAAGAAGUAUCGUUUUAUGGCCCUGCAAGUGUUUCUCGUUGUGUGAAGAAUGCCGAGUGUCGCUCGCUUUGCGCGGUUUUAAGAAUUGUAUAUGUUGCAGAUCCAAAGUUCACGGCUACAGUAAGAUAAACGCCGUUUGA